GCGUGAGGUGAGGCUCCUAUGAUUAGAUACGAGAGGGGGGACCCUUACGGUACCUUUGAUAGGGCUUGGACGUGGGGAAGACGAUAUGGAGUGACUCUCCCGAAAGUUAGAGGGGGAGGAGAGGUGACUACCGAGUUCUUCGAAAUUUACGAGCAAGAGACAGUGGUCAGGUUCUCAAUGGUGUCCGAGGGAAAUAGUUGCACGAGAAAGGCGAAAAUCGUUUUGUCCCCUGACGCCCGGCUAAUCUUUGCAACUGAAUUGGCGGAAGGGAAAGAUCCUCUAGGCAUCGCCAAAAGGGCCUUAGAACGAGUAAGGAGAUUGAGAGGGGGUGGCACGGAGAGCCCCGUGAUUGAUAAGGUAGAGUACCGAGGGAGGACGGAAGUUCCAAAGGCAGCCCACGGGAGAACCUGGGAUAUCCCUACCUGGGCCUAUCGACUGCUCUAUGCUGAAAACGAGACCGUGAGGAGAGUCCUGUUGAGGGGUCAGGUGACAGAGAAAUUCCCGCUGGGUGAAGAAGGGGGACACGAGUUAUUCACCCAGUGCUGGGAGUCGAGGGAAGACACCGACUUCGAGUGGUGGACGCGCGUUGGGGAGUUCAUCAAGCCCCUGUUCUCCGGACAAGCUGGUGAUGCGGACAGGGAUUUGAUUAGGAGGUGUGCGCAAGAAGGGAUUAGGGGCAUCUCGGACCUUGAGAUCGCGAAUCUUGCAUUGGCCGCUGGCGGAGAGAAGAAACUGAGAGAUUCUUGGUGGACUGUGACCAGCGAGGAGUCGGGGGGAGAGAGUGCUGAUGAGGACUCUAGUGAAGAGAAGGGAGGAUCGGAGGAGGAGGAGAACUUGGAAGAUAACGUAGACAGCAGUGAGGGGGACGAGCCGGAAGGUUACGCGGACGAUAGUGAGGGAGGCGACUAGAAAUUGACAGAGGGAGCAGAGACGCUAGAUAGGGCCGAGGGGGGUCCGGAAAUGGCUUCGGGAGAG